UCCAACCUGGAAAGACACGAGGAUACCGACACCACGGAGAAACCGUGGAAAUGUGGGGACUGUGGAAAGGCAUUCACUUGCCCAUCCAAGCUGGAAACUCAUCGACGCAUCCACACUGGGGAGAGACCGUUCACCUGCUCCGUGUGUGGGAAGGAAUUCACUCAGUCAUCCAACCUAGCAUUACACCAGCGAGUUCACACUGGGGAGAGGCCAUUCACCUGUUCAGUGUGUGGGAAAGGAUUCAUUCAGUCAUACAAUCUAGCAUUACAUCGGCGAGUUCACACCGGGGAAAGGCCAUUCACAUGCUCCGUGUGUGGGAAGGGAUUCAUCAAUUCAUCUAACCUCGUGUCACAUCAGCGAAUUCACACUGAGGUGAAACCGUUCAGCUGCACUUCUUGUGGAAUGAGCUUUAGGCUUUCAUCCACCCUGCUGAAACAUCAACGAGUUCAUACUGGAGAGAAACCAUUCAGUUGCACUGACUGUGGAAAGAGCUUCAGGCAUUCAGGCAGUCUCAUUGUGCACCAGCGAGUUCACACUGGGGAGAGGCCGUUCACCUGCUCCAUGUGUGGGAAGGGAUUCACUGAUUCAUGCCAACUACUGAGACAUGAACGAGUUCAUACUGGAGAGAGACCAUUUACCUGCUCCGAAUGUGGGAAGGGAUACAUUGAUUCAUCCCAACUGCUGAAACACCAGCGAGGACACAAGUGACUGCAGGGGUUGGAUUCUACUAUUAUUGCAGCUGAUAAUCGCAUCCAGGAUUGAUAGUCUGACAAUAUCAGGAUGUUAGAAGGAGGAUUUGCAGACCGGAAACUCAAACCAAACAUCACAUCAAGAUCUGACAGAGUCACUCCAUUCACCAGGAUCUGAAUAUCAUCGGCCUCUGAAUUUGGAAAAAGAAAUGUUUCUCCAUUCUGUCUGUGGGAAAAGAUUUCAAACAUCAGUGUAACUGAAAAAAGCAUCGAGAGACACACACCAAUUGAGUGUUCCAGUGAACUAACUGAAAGAGCUUUAACCAGUUAGACAGCCUGAAAAAACAUCACACCAUUCACAGCGGGGAGAAGUGUACACGUGUUCUGUGUGAGCACAAGGCUUCAACUGAUUAUCCAACUUGGUGAGACAGAGGGCUCCGGCUUUAUGGAGAAACCAUGGAAAUGUGGGGAUUGUGGGAAAGGAUUCAGUUAUCCAUCCCAUCUUGAAAUCCAUCGACA